GUUGUCUCGCCAAAACUUGAAAUUUUCGAUUAAAAAAACAGCACGUAGCACGUGGAUAUAAUAUUUAUCCAUUUAUUUUGUUUAAAAAUACUAUAAAACAAGUUUUAAAGUUGAUUUUUUUAUUUGUUGAGUUUUUGAUUUUAUAAAAUGGCCAAAUUUUGUUUGAAAAAGCCUACUAAACGUAUCGAAGCUCGUAAACGUUAUAAGAUCGAAAAGAAAGUUCGGGAACAUAAUCGAAAGCAAAAGAAAGAGGCAAAAAAGCAUCCGAAAAAAAAGCAAAAGUUAAUGCAAAUACCGAAUCAAUGUCCCUUCAAAGAAGAGAUAAUGAAGGAAGUCGAAAUCUUGAAGCAACAACGAGAGGAAGAAAAGCAAAAGCAACGUGAAUUGGCUAAAGAAAAGAAAAAGGAAAAACUCGCCAGUGGUGGUUUACAGGGAAUAGUUUCUGACGCUGAAAAGAAACAAAUUGAAUUUGAAAAUUUACUCUCCUCUAAUAGUAAAGAUAGUAGAGGUCUUGUGUUAAAGGAGGAGAACUCCUUGAAAGCUUACUAUAAGGAAUUCAAAAAAGUCCUGGAAUCUGCUGAUGUGAUUCUUGAAGUUGUUGACGCACGCGAUCCAUUAGGAACGAGAUGUAAACAAGUUGAGGAAGCAGUUCGUUCAGCGAAGGGAAAUAAAAGACUGGUGAUAGUUUUAAAUAAAGCCGAUUUAGUACCGAGGGAAAAUUUAGAUCAAUGGCUAAAAUACUUGAGAGCAAGUUUACCGGCAGUUGCUUUUAAAUCUUCCACUCAGGAUCAGGCGAAUCGUCUUGGAAGACGGAAAUUGGGAAAGAAGAAGCAAAGUAUGAUUCAAAGUGGUACUUGCUUUGGUGCUGAAUUAUUGCUCUCAUUGCUUGGAAAUUAUUGCAGAAAUAGUGGAACAGUUAAGCAUAGUAUUCAAGUUGGUGUCGUUGGCCUGCCAAAUGUUGGAAAAUCGAGUGUUAUUAAUUCUUUGAAAAGAAAUAAAGCUUGUAAUGUAGGAAAUACACCAGGAGUGACGAAGGCAAUGCAAGCGGUGCAACUGGACUCGAAAAUCAAAUUACUAGACUCUCCGGGAAUUGUAUUCAGCGCUCCCUCCAAAGAUCAAAAUGAUCAAUCCUCCAUUGCUUUGAAGAAUGCUGUGAAAAUUGAAUCAAUUAAAGAUCCGUUUACACCAGCUUCUCUUAUUUUGAAAAGAAUUUCAACUCCCCAACUUAUGGAACUUUAUGAUAUUCAUGAAUUUUCAACUCCUGAGGAAUUCUUCACGAAGAAAGCGGCUCGAAUGGGAAGAUUCAAGAGAGGAGGAGUUCCUGAUAUGUUAGCAGCGGCAAGAAGCGUCCUCACCGAUUGGAAUUCAGGAAAAAUAAGAUAUUACACGGUUCCACCUGAAGAACCAGUUUGUCAGUUAUCGGCUGAAAUUGUGACACAAAUGGCGAAGGAAUUUGACAUCAAUAGUUUUGCCGAGGAGGAGAAAAUGAUGUUGGACGGAUUUGAAACUGAAGCUGUAAAACCUGGUGCUAUUGAUCCGUUGAUUAUCGACAGUUCCGGUCCCGUUGAGGCUUCAAUGGAAGUUGACAAUCAAAAGGAAACGAAAGUAAUAGUGCCAACGAAGAAAGUGAGAAAAGAUGCAAAAGCGAUUCAGAAGAAGAAUAAUGCCACUCAGAAGAAGAAGAAAACAGAUCCCUUGUUUGAAAUCGAAGGAAAUCAGAAUUUAAAUAAAAUAAAGAAACUGCAAUUCAAGAAGGAGAAAAAGGAACGAGCAAGAAAGGAAAAAGAAGCUGUACAAUUAUCAAAUCAACUGGAUCAAAUUUCCGUAAACACUAAUGACGAUUAUGAUUUCGAUACUGACUUUAAAACUCAAUAAUUUAAAAAAAAAAAUCUUCGUGUAUAUAGUCCACGGUAUCAAAUCGCAAAUUCAGUAAAAUUACUUAUAAUUACACUCGAUUUGUAAAUAGAACAUAAAUUUUUACAAUAAAGCUUUCAUUAAGCUUUCAAGGUAA